AUGAGGGUUAAUAGUCAACAUUAUUCAAGAGUGCAGAGGGCCCCUCCCUACUCAUGUGUCCCAAUCACUUGUUCACUGGAGUUACGGGACAUCUAUGACAAGUAUGGCAAAGAAGGCUUAAAUGGUGGAGGUGGAGGUGGAAGUCAUUUUAACAGUCCGUUUGAAUUUGGCCUCACAUUCCGGAACACAGAUGAUGUCUUCAGGGAAUUUUUUGGUGGAAGGGACCCAUUUUCCUUUGACUUCUUUGAAGACCCAUUUGAAGACUUUUUUGGAAACCAAAGAGGUCCCCGAGGAAGCAGAAACCGAGGUACAGGCUCUUUUUUCUCCACUUUCAGUGGAUUUCCAUCAUUUGGAGGUGGAUUUCCUGCAUUUGAUACAGGAUUUACUUCAUUUGGGUCACUAGGUCACGGUGGCCUUACUUCAUUCUCUUCUACAUCAUUUGGUGGCAGCAGGAUGCGUAACUUCAAAUCUAUAUCAAUUUCUACCAAAAUAGUAAAUGGGAGAAAAAUCACUACAAAAAGAAUUAUCGAGAAUGGUCAAGAAAGAGUAGACGGCCAGUUAAAGUCCUUAAUGAUAAAUGGUAAGAAGCAGCUGCUACGCUUGGAUAACAAACAAUCCAACGCAUGCAUUUAACAGAAAUGUUAACCAUUUGAGGAUUAACAGGAACUUUUUUUUUCAGAUUUCAGAUGAACUCAACUUUCAGUAUAAUUGUACCUAAUCUAAAGUAUUUACAAACAGCUCAUCGGAGAUCCUAUUUGUCAUAGACUUUUGAGUUUAUUAUUGGGACCACACAAUAGGACCAUUUUUUUUUUGUCUUUAAAAUUGUUGUAAUCUCUGUGUGCACUUUGCUUUUUUAUUAAACUUAAUCCAAGGUGAGCCUUGACUUUGAGUAGUACUAGGUCAAGAUUGUGUUCUAACACCAGCAUGGAUCUGCUUCCCAUUGUGUUGGACGUGUGAGCCAAGUCGUGUCAGCCUGCUGGGAGCUAACAU